GCGUGCGUGCGCGCGCGGGCGCGGAUCGCCAUGGAGGCCUCGGCGGGCGGCGGGGCGGCGCGGCGGUGGUAUUUCACCCGCGAGCAGUUGGACCGCAGCCCCUCGCGGCGAGCCGGCCUGGAUCCCGACAAGGAGCUCUCGUACCGGCAGCAGGCCGCCAACCUGCUGCAGGACAUGGGGCAGCGCCUCAACGUCUCCCAGCUCACCAUCAACACCGCCAUCGUGUACAUGCAUCGCUUCUACAUGGUGCAGUCCUUCACUCAGUUCCACCGCAAUUCGGUGGCUCCGGCAGCGCUGUUCCUGGCAGCCAAAGUGGAGGAGCAGCCCAGGAAGCUGGACUAUGUGAUCAAGGUAGCACACGCCUGCCUGCACCCCCAGGAGCCCCCCCCCGACACCAGGAGUGAGGCUUACCUGCAGCAAGCCCAGGACCUGGUCAUUCUAGAGAGCAUAAUACUGCAGACCCUGGGCUUUGAGAUCACCAUCGACCACCCCCACACCCACGUGGUGAAGUGCACUCAGCUCGUGAGAGCCAGCAAGGACUUGGCGCAGACGUCCUAUUUCAUGGCUACCAACAGCCUGCACCUGACCACCUUCAGCCUGCAGUACACCCCUCCCGUUGUGGCCUGCGUCUGUAUCCACCUGGCUUGUAAAUGGUCCAACUGGGAGAUCCCAGUCUCCACGGACGGGAAGCACUGGUGGGAAUACGUUGAUGGCACUGUAACUCUGGAGCUCUUAGAUGACACGGCCGCUUCAUGGGCUGAAGGCCUUCUGCUUUUGCCAUGGUUUCCAGUGCAGCAGCUGCUAUGGUACAACAGAGAUGGCAAAAGGCACGGAGAGAUGAGUUUAAACGCGGUCAGUGGUGCCGGCUGUCAGCACUGCCCCUCCUGGAGUGGCUCCAUCCCAUCAGUAGCUCCAUCCAUCAAACUGACCCAUGAAUUCCUGCAGAUCCUCGAGAAAACCCCCAACAGGCUGAAGCGCAUCCGGAACUGGAGGGCCUCGCAGGCAGCCAGGAAAUCCAAAGCCGACGAGCACGGCGAAGACGAGGGCCUUUCGGAGCAGACCAUCCUCAACAUGAUCUCCAGGAACAACAGCUCGGAUAUGAACAUCGCAGGCCUGAUGAGCAUGUCCACGUCCUCCACGGCCGCCGCUGGGCCCUCCGUGCCGACGGCCGCCGACUCGCCCGGCAAUCAGAGCGCGGCGGAUGCGGCGCCGGCGGAGCGUUGGCUGUCCCAACACCCUCCGUCCAAGCUGGAUGCCACGCAGAGCCACAGGACUGCCGAGGGCACGUCGGGGGCCGAGCAUCCCGCCCAGCAGCAGCAGCAGCAGCAGGAUGGCGCCGGGUACCCCAAGCAGGGCGUUAAGAACGCGCCGUCGGCCAAAGUGUCCCUGAAGGAGUACCGUGCGAAGCACGCCGAGGAGUUGGCAGCGCAGAAGAGGCAGUUGGAGAACAUGGAGGCCAACGUGCGCUCCCAGUACGCCUACGCGGCCAAAAACCUCCUGGUGCAGCAGCAGAGGGAGAGGGAGGUCCAGCAGGACGGCAACCCUUCCCCCAUCAUCCUGAAAAUCCCCAUCGCCGAGAACCCCGAGCGCCCUCCGGGCCCUGAGAAGGGCGACAAAAGCUCAGCGCUGAAGCUGAGGAUCCCGAUGGGGGGCGGAGGCGGGGAGAGGCCUCUGCCCUCCAAGCAGGAGGAGAUCAAAAUGCGCAUCAAAGUGCCCAGCGAGCGGCCGGACGACGGCGGCGCCACCGCCAGCAUUGCCGCCAAGAGCCGCGAGCACAAAGAGAAGCACAAAGGCCACUCCUCCAACCACCACCACCACAACCACCACUCUCACAAACAUUUGCACCCUCAGCUCGGCGCCGGCCCCAGCGCUGCCCUCAGCAAACGCCCGGGAGACUCAAAGCACGCGGGGCAGCCCGGCGCUGUGCCCCAUAAGAGCUGCGGCCUCUUUGGCUCUUCCCGGAAGCGGCCGCCGCCGGAGGAGGGUUCGGCCCACGAGCAUCAACCCAAAGUCAGCAAAGGCCCCAAAGGCCCCGCGCCGCCCUUCCCGUACCCGCACCUCCCGGGGGGGGGGCACAGCUCGGAUGCCAUCGCCUCCCUCCCCACGUUGCCCUCGGCUCCCAGUAAAGCUCGGGGGGGCGGCCACGGCAAAUCGGACAAAGGACCCGCGGGGGCCAACGGCCACAACGCCACGCAGCCCAGUGACUACCAGGAUACGGUCAAUAUGCUGCACUCGCUGCUGAGCGCGCAGGGCAUGCAGCCCAGCCAGGCCCCCCCCUUUGAGUUCCAUGCGUACGGAGAGCUUUUGAACCCCAGGCAAAGCGCCCGAGCGGCCAACACGGACAGACCCCGACCCCCCCCUCUGCCCUCAGAACCUCCCCCCCCUCUGCCCCCCCUCCCGAAAUAGGGCCCUUUUUACUACUGAGUUCCUACAGCCCCAACCCUGAGGUGAUUGGGGGUGGGGGUUGGAGGGGGUGGGGUGGGGUGGGGGGGGCAGGGGGUGGGAGGAAGGGCUGUUUUGUUCUCCACUGCCUCACAAAGAACUUAUUUUAUUAUUAUAACUUUUAUUAUUGGGUAUUCAGAGCGCGGGGACGGCGAAGCUGUGAAAGGAUGAAUCCCUUCCUCCUCCUCGCCCCCCUCCCUGCCCGCCUCCCCGUUCACAGUGGGCUCCGUCCCCACUGCAGCUGAAGCCCCCACAUGGGGGGGACCACGUACUUGUGGGGGUCGGGGGGGUCCGAGGGGGGGGUAUUUAAGACGUGUCACAGAAAAAUCUACGACGUUUUACAAAUAAUUUAAGCAGUAACUUAUAUUGUAGCGUUUGGUUCCUUUGUAAUGGCGUGACGCUGGGGGGGGGGGGGGCAGAGCUUUUGGGGUCGGAGCAGAGGAUGUGUGGGGUGGAUGGGGUGUGGGGUGGAGGCUCUCGCUGUAGGGCAGCGGAUGGAUGAGGGCCGUGCAGUGAUGCUGGCUGCAGAGUCACGGCUUGGUGGGAACCGGGUGGGGUUUGUGCCCCCAUCACCGCCCUCGUGUCCAUCCCGGUGUGUGUGGAGCGCUGUGGGGUUGGCGCUGAGGAGCCGUGAGUGGGGCCGGGGGUGGUUUGGGGCCGCACUCUGUGCUCAGCCCACGGCUCCCUUCAAUGGGAGCCCCGCAGCGCCCUCAGUCCACGUUGGAAAAGCCAACUGAUUCUGUUCCAAGCUUCAAUAAACGCGCUGCCUCCAAA